AAAAACACAGAUGGAGAGCGCUCGACCAUGGACACGCACUUCGCUCCCUUCACCACUCUUUCUUUUCCUGCUCCUCGCCUUCAACACCUCAUUACCCUGCUAAUGUCUAAAGAUUCUCUCUUUGGUGACUACGUAUUUUUUUGACUACACUCAUUUUCCUGUGCUUCCAUGUGUCAUCCUCUAACUUCUUGAAGUUUCUCCAUUACUCGCUUCCUUGCACCUUCCUGACGAGGAUUUCAUCUCACCCUCUUCUACCCCUCUAUCUGACACCAGUUCUUUCACCUUUGCACCUUGCCUCCUCUCUUUUGGAUGGAUAGCUACUCUGUCCUGUACAGUUCCUCCCACAGAACCGGACUUCUCUCCGGGUUCCAACGCCUGCGCACCGAGAGGAAGAUGUGUGAUGUCGUCCUCGAGGCCGGCAGCGUAUCCUUCCCUUGUCAUCGUGCCCUCUUGGCCAGCUCCAGCGAGUAUUUUUGGGCGCUGUUUGGAGAGUCUACUGCAGAGAGAUUAGCAGGUUCCAUUAGCCUCCCAGCGCUAACACCUCAGGGUUUAGACGCCAUCCUGGACUUCCUGUACUCAGGUUGGCUCAGCGUAUCACCCUCCACAAUCUCUGCCGUUCUGGAAGCAGCCAGGUACCUGCAAGUGGAGACAGCUGUGGCGAUAUGUGAGCGCUUUAUGAUCGAUGGUUUAAGUGUCGAGAACUGCUGCUGCUAUGCCAACCUGGCCGAACGCCACUCGCUUUCAAACGCACUUGAAGCUGCCAACCAAACCAUUGCUAUAGAGAUUGGGAAAUUGCUGAAGGAAAGCAAAGGUGAUCUCCUCGAGCUGAAUAUCCAGUCGCUGAUGUCAGUGCUCGAGGCUGAUGAGAUACCUGGCAUCAAGGAGGUUGAUCUCAUAAGGCUGGCUUUGGAUUGGCUCGAUGAGAAUGGACCCCUCCCGCUGCUGAAAUCAAACCUUCUUCUUAGUCGUCUGCGCUUCGGAUUGGUCUGCGAGUCCGAUCUCGCCAACCUUCAUCACAGAGCCAUGGGCACACCUUUAAUCAGAAGUCAGCUGACUCGAGCUUUGGAGUACCACAGGAUGGGUUCAGCUCAGCCGAUCAGACAGAGCAAGCAGUCAACACUCAGAGCAUCGCCCAAUCGUGUGCUGCUCGUGGGUGGAGGGUCCAGCGCCGAUUGUCCAGAACGGCAGUUGUUGGCGUUUGAUCCAAGAUGCAUGAAGUUUUCAUAUGUGAGUUCCUGUCUUCCGCUGCAGCUGAGAAAUCACUGUGUGUGCUCAGUGGGAGGUUUCCUCUUUGUGAUCGGAGGGGAGGAAGUUAAAGAGGGUGAUGAGGAUGGAAAGAAGUCCGUCACCACAUCAACAACCAACCAGGUGUGGCGGUACGAUCCACGCUUUGACUGCUGGGAGCAGGUGGAGUCCAUGCUAGAGAGGCGGGCACAGUUCAGCUGCUGCGUGGUGGAGGACGUUAUUUAUGCCGUCGGGGGACGACACAUACGACCGGACACCAACACAUACACCUCGGUCGCGUCUGUUGAGUUUUAUGACAUGACCACAGGAGCAUGGAGGAAGGGAGCAACGAUGCCUCGCCCUCUUUAUGGCCAUGCAUCCACUGUGCUUGAGGACAGCAUCUAUGUGUCCGGUGGCCUCCCGGGCAACCAGGGCACCAUCCAGGGCAGUAACCAUGGUGAUAACCCGGAUGAAAACAGGGAGAGCAGCAGAGAGGUCUUGUACUGGGACCUCAAAGGUCGAGUCUGGGAAAAGAGGGCUUCCAUGUCAAUCGCCAGGUUCAGUCACCGCUUGGCAACAGCCCACGGUUACAUCUACGCCCUGUUGGGGAUGUACGAACCUUUCUGCGAUAUAGAACGAUAUGAUUCGCGCUCAGACCACUGGACACGCCUCCGACCGCUUCUUAUUGGAUCCUUCAACUACGGGAUGGUUUCGACACCAUCUGGGAAUCUGCUGGUAUUUGGAGGGAGACGAUGGAGCGACGGUCAAGAGGUGAUCAUGAAGAGUGUGUUGGAGUAUGACACAAAGAAAGACAGCUGGAGAGAAAUCUGCCAGCUACCCAGACCUCUCACUGGGACUGAGUGCACACUGCUUCCCCUGCCAGACUAAAGUGUGCAGGGAAAACCUUCUAAUCUCAAAAUGCUGAGCAUGAGUUUUGAAAUAAUAUCAUAAGCUGGAUUCUGAAUUUUUGUGUGACAUUGUUUCAAAGUCUUCCCGAUAAGCGAAAUUACUCUUGUAGGAGAUGUUUGAUAUUAAUAAUGAAGCUAGCACCAGGUUAUCUUAGUUUAGUAUCUUCCCUUAAGUAGAGACUGUACAACCAUCACACACAAGAGGGAAUAGAGACGUCCAAACAGGAGAUAAACGUGAUGAAGGAGGAGGAAACAAGAGCUGAAUAUUUUAUAGAAGUUGGAGAUAAAAGUUCUGCGCAUGUGACAUUCCUGUUUGUUUCAUGAAUAAUUUACGUUUUCUAAAAGAUAAAGUAAGAGAAGCCAACCGAUGAUAUCAAGUGACUUUUUUUUCUAUCUGCACCGGCAAUCAAACGGGAAACAUGGGCUGAAGCCGCAGAGCAGAAGAAGCAUUCGCUGGGAAUCAUAUGCAUGAUUUGUGGCUAUUAGCUGCAGAAUUCAUGGGCUUUUAAAGUUGUACCUGAAUACUUUCUGUAAAACAUGUUUUAUAGUAUUUGGAGGUAAUAUUUUUUUUCCAAAGUUUGUAAUCCUUGUCAACUGCUAAGUGCAACUUUUUUUGCAGUGUAGUGAACGUGUGGUGUUCAAAA